AUGUUUCCAUGUGCAUCUCAUUCUAAUGAUAGACCAAAUAUCGAUAGUGGAUCUUUUGACAAUAAGACGUCUUGGCUUCAGAGCUCGACAUACUCAGAACCAAAGCUCAUUGUCCAUACUAACGAAGCAGCAAAUAUUGAGAAGGAAAGAGAAUCAAAAUCAGUUAAACACCCAUCUUCUUCUAAAAACUAUAAAUUAGAAAAAAAACAGAAAGUCACAUCAACCGCCGUAUUUUUAGAAGACAUUCCUGGACUAGAUAUUAAUGAUGCAUACAGAAUUGAUAGAUCUUGUAACAGAGAAAUUUAUAAACAUGGUUGUAUUUACGAAAAGCAUGUGUCACAAUUUAAACAGAAGAGUAAAACGAAAAUAUUGGGAUUCAAAGAUUUAUAUUUGUAUGAUCUCUUGGGCUGUGAAGUAAAACGUAAACGUGGACUCACAAAAAAAUCACGAUAUUUUAGUAAGUCAAGCAGGGCAAUCACUCAAAGUCCUAGUACCGUUAUCAAAUCAUCUGAUAAAAGUGACAUGUCGACAGAUUUAAUUCGUUUUCCUGAUGAUCUUAGUACUUGCGUAUCAACAACGGGAAUGAAAAACAAUGAUAUUUUAAAUCUUUGCGAAGAACUUAACCGUCGGGUCUACGAUCGACCAGGUGAUUUGAUUUCGUGGCUCAAUUUAAUUGAUUUGCAAGACAAAGGAGCCUCCUUUCUACAUAUUACAAGUACUGGUUUUGAACAGAAACAGUUAUGUUCCGACUUUAAAUUUUCUAAAAGUGACAGACUUAUUAUAUUGAGGAAGCAGUUAUCAAUGGCUGAUCGAGCUCUUACGGCUAAUCCUGGUAAUUUAACACUAAAGUUAUUCAUAAUUAAAACAAACGAACUGGUGGCUGAACUUGAAGCUCAUGGUGCCUUAGAAUCUUCAUCUAAAAAGGAAGUCUGUCAGGCAGAUCAAAUUAAUCGGGAUUGGGCUCAGCUGGUAUUCACUUAUCCCCAACUUGUACCCAUGUGGCGUGGCUAUACGGCGCAUCUUAUGGGUCGGCAUUCAUCACUAACUACUGUAAAUCAAGGAAUUGGAAAUGGGGUAUUUUCACGCAUUGAUGGUGUUUAUAAGAGAGGUCUAUCAACACUAUCAGGUAUAAUAUCUGGAAGAAUAUUGUCACAUAGACCACAACCGGAUACUGUAGAGAGAACAAUCGACUACCUGGCUGAUUAUUGUCAUUGGUUAGCUCAAGCAGGACAUUCAGAACGAGCUUUAGCAGUAUGGCAAGCUGUUAUUGAAUUCAAUUGUUUUCGACCUACAGAAAUUGAACAAAGUUCAUUUGAGCAACGGAUUCUAGAAAUGGAAUUAUUUUGGUCAAGUGGCACGCCUAGAUUUGGUCAACCUGGUUCACAACAUUGGAAUGGAUGGUUUAAAACUCGAAAUAAACGACAAGAUAAAUCACAACUAAAAGAAUCGAAAUUAUCUAAAAGUUAUAAGAAAAAUCAAACUAUUUCACCAAUUAUUUCUGAAAUAACUUCAGACAUGUCAGUUGAAGAACUACAUUCAAAGUGGACUAGUGUAGCUGGGAAAUUAACCGCUAUUGCUAGCACUUGUGAAGACGCAUUGAUUAGUUGUUCAGGAGAAGGUAUUCCUGAUGAAUCCUAUGAAAAUACAGGUCCAGAUGUUGUUCCAUCCAUUCUUUCGUCAGAAGUUGCAGCUGACCAAUGGGUUCGUCGUGGAAGCAUCCCUUCACUUGCAGGCCAUGGUUCAUUUGGAAAGAGUCGAGCCAUCUUAUAUCGUCGUGGAAAAGCUUGGGUUGGUCUAGAACGUGCUCGCGAAGCAGUUGGCUGGUUACCUUCAGAUGUGUUAAACGCUCAAGAUCAAAAGGACAUAGAAGAGGAAGAUCCUGAAAGAUUAGUUUUAUUUGAUGAUAUUAAACCAUGCUUAAUAGAUCUAUGGAAAUUUGAAGAAAAGUCUACAGCUGAUACUCCUCAAAGUCGAGCUCGUACAGCAUUAUUUCAACAGCGCUUAUUUUUAUUAUGUUUAGAGUUUCUUGGAGCAUAUGAUCGUGAUAUAGCUAAAUCUCAUCACUUUCCUAUGGAUAUUCGUCUUGUACAUGAUUUAGCAUCUGUAGGUAGCAUUCAACGUCAAGGUUUAACACCAUUUCCAUCACAAUCAUGGAUGUCGAGUAAUAUAGACACUACACACAAUCGAGCUGACAAUAAUGAUGGUAACAAUAAAGGUCAAUUGAAUACGCCAUCACAAUUGGCUAAUGAACAUCAAGAUGUUUGGGCACAAGCCCAUCGCUGUUUUAUUGAUGCUGCACUUACUCAAAUGAAUUUAAUUCCAUCAUGGUGGCCUACUGAACUUAAGGAAAAUUGGCGUACAACAUUGAGUAAACUACGUUUUACAUUGGCAUCUGAACGACUUUCCAAUGCUAUUCAAACACAUCUAGUUAAUGUUAAGACUGCCAUAUCCAUUUGGCGCAACUGUGGUCGGGCAAUCAUAUCCGAGGGUAAAAACCAAAAAGAUUUAAACUUAUGGCGUUCCUACGCUAAAGGUUUCUGGCAAAUAAGUCAUGAUUUACUUGUAACCUCGACGUGUCAAGAUGCUGCAAUUCCAAUUCAAGAAUCAAGACGCAUAUUUGAUUCCGCCUUAAGCAUGUAUCCUAUACCGGAAGAUUUUGGACCGCCAAUUGAUGAUAUGGAUAAGUUGGUUGAAUUUUAUCAAACUGUAUAUACUCCUAGGUUAAAACUUCUACAGGAUUAUAUUGAUUUAGAAAUGGAUGUAUGCCCUGGAUCAGGUAGCUGUCAAAAAGGAUUCAAUGAAGAAAAUCGUGUAUUAUAUUUACUAACAUAUACUGCAAUUGGUGGUGUUUACCAUUCAUAUGAACAACAAUCUACCAGUGAAAUAUUACCAUCAAUUAUUGUGAAAACUAAUUAUCGUUUUGGUAAGCGUAUUGAAGCUAUAUGGACAACAUUGGUUGGAUUACCAGAGGAUUUAACUACUCAAAUUAAUAAUCAAGCGUUUUUAGAUGGUCUACUUGGUACUGUCCCUAUUCUAUGCUAUUUAAAUUUAAUGUUUGAUCUUUUAACAACAGAUGAAAAGGCUUUAGACUCAUCACUUGCUAGUCUAUUGCCUAUUCUUGGACGAAUUGAUAGAUUAUGUAGUAAAUUUCUAUCAAUCAAUUCAGAUGAAUCUUAUCCUCUUGGUUCAAAAUCAAAUAGUCGUUGGUCAGAAAAUAUUAAUUCAUCUGAUGGUAAUAAUGAUGAUUUAAUCCCGGCACCAUUACAAAAUAGAAUUUGUACUAAUAAAUUUAUUAAUUUAACAAUUGGUGGUUUAUCUGCAUUCUGUGCUCUACGUCAACGUAAUCGACGUCCACUUUUAAAUUAUUUAUUUCAACUAAUAAUAAAACAUAAUAAAUAUCAUUCAAAUGAUAUACUGAUGGAUUUAAUGUUUCCAUCACAAUUAAGUUAUCUUCUUCCAUCAAGAAUUUCAUUAGAUCAAAGAAAAUUACCCUUAUCUCUGAUGAAUGCAUCUUCAUGUCAUGGUCUAUUACCGCCAUUAUUCUUAGCUUCGUUAAUUCAUCAAUUAAACCAUUUAAGACAAAAUGUAGCAAAGUUAGCCUCUCAAUCUAUUAUUCAACAAACACUGAAUAGUAUUUCACGUUCAAAUAUUCGACAAAAUCAACAACAAAAUAUUAAUUUUUUUGAAGGAUCAAUUGGUGCAGAAGUCAAUAGUUUUAUUGGUCAUCAAUUAGAAUUAUGUUCUGCUUGUUUACCAAGUGUUUUAGAUUUAUUCGUUUUAAGUUUAGAAUUAGAACGAUGGACGAGUUUAAUUGCUGGUGUUACUUGUGAUUAUGGUGAUGUAAUAAUAAUAGGAAGAAAUUCUGUAAGUGAUCAACGUGUACGUAAUGCAUUUGAGAAAGCUGUACAAAUUAGUCCAUUUCUUACAUCAUUUAUAUCUCCUGAAGGAAAUUUGGUUCAUGUAGCGCUAGGUGCUAGUACACCAUCAUUCUGGUCGGCGCAUUUACGUUUAGUCAUAUGGAGAGCUUAUAUGGCAUUUGGUUGGAUGGCUGGUCCACCUCAUACCUCUAAUAUAUCUACUACAAUUAUUACGAAUAAUUUAGAUCCUCGCCAACGCCGUCAAGCUGUAAAGGCAGUUUUUUAUCGAGCUGUUGAAGAUGUUCCAUGGGCUAAAGCUCUGUAUACAGAUCUAGUUCGUUAUUGUCCAGAAGAUGUUGAAGAAGUUGUUGAUUUAUUAUCGGAACGUGAAUUAAGAUUAAGAACACCGUUAGAAGAAGUUGAUCUUUUAUUGACUGCCAGACCUCAUGAAUAA